AAAGAAGUACGUGUCCGAAAAUGACAGAGACAGUGAAAACAUCAGACCCUGUUGCAAAGGUUUUCGAGAGUUUCUGGAAUACCUACAAGGCUCUGGAUGCUGGUGACUCCGACUCAGAGGAAGAUGAGGAGAAGUUAGCAAGGAAGAGGCAAUUAUGCAACGAUCUGAGCCAGAGCCUAGGGACCAGGCAGCUGCUCUUCAGCUUAGACAGUGGACAGCCGCUUUUGGUUCUAAGGCCACCACCGGAUGUGGUUAACUUCCUCCGUCCCCGAUGGCCAGUAGAGAGUGAAGUCAUCACUGACGUCAUCCAGCACAUAGAUUGGGAACCUCCAGACCCAGAGCCAUUUUAUUGUCCCUCAGGACAGGAAGAGGCCCCCAUCCCAGUGGGAGACGAACAAGGAAAUGUGGUGUACUGUGCUGACCUUGCCACAAAGUGUCUGUACUUUACCUGUUCUCGUUUUGGAGGAAGCAUGGCGACUAGGAGUCCCACCUCCCUUAUCAAACCAUCAGAUAACAUCCUCGAGUUUGAAUCUCGCUUUGAAAGUGGGAACCUUCAAAAAGCCAUCCAAGUGGGCGUCUACGACUAUGAACUCACCCUGCGUGCAGACAUGUACACUGAGAAGCACACGCAGUGGUUUUACUUCAGGGUUAGGAACAUGAAAGCUGGAGUGACGUACCGCUUCACCAUCAUCAACCUGAUGAAGAAGAGCAGUCUGUAUUCCCAAGGCAUGAGGCCUCUCCUGUACUCUGAGAGAGCGGCUGAGGAGGAUGGGAUUGGAUGGCAGCGUGUCGGGUCCAAUAUCCUUUACUAUCAUAACUGCACUCAGAACACAAAGGAGAAGAGCGACGCUGCCAUCAAUCUUUACUCGCUCACCUGGACUUUCCAGUUCCCCUAUGACUCAGACACAUGCUACCUGGCCCACUGCUACCCCUACACGUAUUCCCGCCUGCAGGGCUACCUCAAGCAGAUAUCCUCCAAUCCAGCUGUAGCAUCAUACUGUAAAGUGCGCAUCCUGUGCAAUAGCCUCGCAGGGAACGCUGUGUACGUUAUCACAAUAACAUCUAGAGGAACCAGCCGGGAGGAUGUGAGAAGCAGGAAGGCUGUAGUGGUGACAGCACGGGUCCAUCCGGGAGAAACCAACGCAUCCUGGAUGAUGGAGGGGUUUUUAGACUUUCUGCUUGGAGACUCAGAGGAUGCACAAGUUCUCAGGGAUAACUUUGUUUUCAAGGUUGUACCGAUGUUGAACCCUGAUGGUGUCGUGGUGGGAAACUACAGGUGUUCCCUGGCAGGCAGAGACCUCAACAGAAACUAUAAGACGCUGCUCAAAGAUUCCUUUCCUUGUGUUUGGCACACCAGGGAUAUGGUCGAAAGACUGAUGACUGAAAAAGAAGUAGUUCUUUACUGUGAUUUCCAUGGUCACAACCGCAAAAACAACGUGUUCAUGUAUGGAUGCAACAGUCGAGGCAAUGCUUCCAUCAAGCUGCAGGAGAGGGUCUUUCCACUAAUGAUGAGCAAGAAUGCGAGCAAUAAGUUCUCCUUCCAGAGCUGUAAGUUCCGGGUGCAGAAGAGUAAGGAGGGAACAGGGCGGAUCGUCAUGUGGAGACUGGGCAUCAAAAACAGCUACACCAUGGAGGCUACCUUUGGCGGCUCCACUCUGAAUGACAGAAGAGGGACCCAUUUUACUACUGGGGACUUGAAGUCAAUGGGCUUUUGCCUCUGUGACACCCUGCUGGACUUCUGUGACCCUGAUCAAACUAAGGCAAGAGAUAAAGCAAAAUAA